AUGCCUGCUGCCAGCAGUCUGCUGACUAAAGAUCAGUUUCUCUGCUCCAUCUGUCUGAAUGUGUUUAAUGAUCCAGUCACCAUACCAUGUGGACACAACUUCUGUAAAACCUGCAUCACUGAUCACUGGGAUAGUUAUGUCCCGUGUCAGUGUCCUACCUGUAGAAAAGGUUUCAAGACGAAACCUGCGGUGCAGGUCAAUAAUUUGAUCUCUGAGAUGACUGCUAAGUUCAGACAGUCAGCUCAACAGAAAGCAAAAGAAGUUCCCCGUGACGUCUACUUAGGACUCAAGAGGAAAACCUGGAUGUUCUUCCUGGCGUGUCUGAUGUGUGUCUUCAUUUCCUGGAUGGUUUCAGAACAAAAGAAACAUGAUUUUCUUCUGAAAGAAGAAUAUGAAGCUAAGAAGAUCGAGCUGUCCAAGACACAGGCUGAAAUUCUGCAGAUGAUCCAGGAGAUCAAACACUCGAUGGAGCUCAGUAAGGAAGAAACAAACAGACAGAUCUCAACUGCUGUGAAGGAGUCUGUUGAGAGAAGCCAGGCUGAGCUCAUCGAAACGAUCAAAGAGAAGACAAGAAGGACAGAGAAACUGGCUGAAGGUUUCGUCAGAGAGCUGAAACAGGAAAUCUCUGAGCUGAAGAAGAGAAGCACUGAGGUGGAGCAACUCUAUGUGGCUCAGCAGGAUAAACUCAGUAAACAGAUCAUGAAACUGCUCCCUGAGUCUGAUCUGAAGAGGGUCCAGCAGUAUGCCGUGGAUGUGACUCUUGAUCCUGAUACAGCUAAUCCCUGGCUCAUCCUGUCUGAUGAUGGAAAACAAGUUAAAUUUAGUGAUGUGAGGAAGAAUCUCCCGGACAACCCAGAGAGAUUUGAUAAUUGUGUUGUUGUCUUAGCAAAGCAGAGUUUCUCCUCAGGAAGAUUUUAUUACGAGGUUCUGGUUAAAGGGAAGACUGAGUGGGAUUUAGGAGUGGUCAGAGAGUCGAUCAACAGGAAGGGAAAAAUCACACUGAGGCCUCAGGAUGGUUACUGGACGAUAUGGUUGAGGAAUGAGAAAGAGUACAAAGCUCUUGAUGACCCUGCAGUCCUUCUCUCUCUGAAGUCUCGGCCUCAGAAGGUGGGGGUGUUUGUGGAUUAUGAGGAGGGUCUGGUCUACUUUUAUGACGUUGAUGCUGCAGCUCUUAUCUACUCCUUUACUGGCUGCUCCUUCAAUGAGAAACUCUACCCAUUCUUCAGUCCCAGUCCUAAGUAUGGUGGUAAAAAUUCUUCCCCUUUGAUCAUCUCUCCUGUCAGCCAAUAA